AUGGCUACCGAACCCAACGUCGUACAAAGCUUAGCAGCUGGCGGAUUAUCAACAGAUGAUAUCGACUAUGUGAUAUACUCACACGUCCACUGGGACCAUAUCGACGAGCCAAAAGCCUUCGAUACAAGCACCUUCGUUGUUGGCCCUGGCACGUCGUCUCUACUAAAAGACAGUUUGUCCCUUCGUGGAAGUCAUUCUUUUUUCGAGCCUGAUCUGCUACCUGUGUCGCGAACCAUUGAGCUCCCCCCUACAAUAGGUGUCACAGAACAAGGGUCUUCCACUGGUAGACCUGCCCGAAAUGGAGUCACGCCGGAUUUCAGUCAGUCGUGGAUACCCCAUGGGUUCCUUCCCCGGACAAUAGAUAUCUUCCAAGACGGAAGCAUCUUGGUAGUCGAUGCACCGGGCCAUCUCCCGGGACAUAUCGAUAUUCUCGCUCGCACGAGUCCUGGUAAGUAUACAUACCUAGCUGGGGAGGCGUGCCAUGAUCGACGUAUCAUGAGACGAGAAAGGGAGAUUGGAGAAUGGCAUGAUGAGUCUGGUCACAUCUGUUGCAUUCAUACAGACAAGAAGCAGGCUUAA